CUUUCCAUCAAUUCAGAUCCUUUCUCACUCUUCUACCAAUUUAUUUCCUCUCUCUACAAAAUACAAAAUGGCCUCUUUUACAUCCUUAAGCUUUCUCCUUAGUUUUUUUCUCGCUGUUUCAAUUCUUCCUUUCACUUCAGCCAGGAAACUCACUGAGUCAGAACCCGGACUGAAGUUCCAAUACCACAGAGGACCCCUCCUCACAGGCAAUAUCUCCGUCAACCUCAUUUGGUAUGGCAAAUUCAAGCGUUACCAGACAGCCAUACUCAAUGACUUCAUCAUCUCCCUUUCAUCUCCCGAAUCCGUCACGCCCCAACCAUCGGUUGACACGUGGUGGAAAGCCACCGAAAAGUACUACAAAACCCCAUCCCCCAAACUCGCCCUCUCUCCGGGUACCAUAAUCCUCGAUGAAAACUACUCCUUCGGCAAAUCACUCACCACCGAUCAAAUCGUGAAACUCGCAUCCAAGGGUCAACAGAGAAACGCCAUUAACGUUGUUCUCACCUCCUCUGACGUUGCAGUGGAAGGAUUCUGCUCCAGUAGGUGCGGGACUCACGGGUCCUCCGUGGGGGCGCGCAUCAACGGAAAGAGGUACAAGUUCGCAUACAUUUGGGUGGGUAACUCUGAAACCCAGUGCCCGGGGCAAUGCGCCUGGCCAUUCCACCAACCCAUUUACGGUCCCCAGAGCCCAGCUCUGGUUGCACCCAACAACGAUGUUGGCAUUGACGGCAUGGUCAUCAACGUGGCUAGCCUCUUGGCCGGCACUGUGACUAACCCUUUCGGGAACGGCUACUUCCAGGGACCCAAAGAGGCUCCGCUGGAAGCCGCCUCCGCCUGCACCGGCGUCUACGGUAAGGGCGCCUACCCUGGCUAUGCAGGGAACCUCUUGGUGGACCCCACAACCGGUGCCAGCUACAAUGCCAAUGGGGUCGACGGAAGGAAGUAUCUCUUGCCAGCUCUCGUCGACCCUAAAACCUCUGCCUGUUCAACCAUCGUCUAAAACCGCCGCUCAACGUGUCAUCUACGUUUAGCUUUUAGUCAAUAUCAGAGAUUCUUUUAUUUGUUCGUUCCUUUUGUAAGAAAACAUUCCUAUAUGUUGUUAGUAGUUUUAUUAAAUAUACAAUAAAAGAUAUUCUUUUGAUACCAA